GAAGUCACACAGCAAAGGCAGGUCAGUGUGAUGUAAAGGGUCUGAGUGGCUCUGUUGUGCAGAGUUACACAGUAACAUCAGUAAACUCAGCAGGUAACAAACAAUUAAAGUCACUUGAGAUAAUGCAGAUAACGUGGUUCCUGUAAAAAGACGUCAGAGCAGAGCAUCACUGUUAAAAAUAUCAUUUCUGAUUGAUGCGCCUGUCUGUCUCUGCUCUCUGGUGCUCCUCCCUGCCUCCUCCUCUUUCCCCUUCCUCCCUCUCUCUCUCUCCCACACGUACAGACGGAAAAGCUACGCGACCACCCCCCUCCUCCCCCCUUCCAUCAUUUUCCCAUCUCUUACUCACUCUCUUCCCUACAACAAACAUGGCCGCGAAAUCUGACGGUGCACCAGGCUCUCAGCGAAACGACAUCCCACCAGAGUGUCCUGCCAGGUCGGACCCGCGGCCGCCGCCCCUGCCGAAGCGCCUUCGCCCCAAACAGCGCUACUCCCUGUCGGACUGCUGCUGGACCCUGUGCGCCCUCCUGGUCUUCUUCUCGGACGGGGCCUCAGACCUGUGGCUGUCCGCGGACUACUACCUUCGGAGCUACUACUGGUGCUUUGCGCUGACUCUGGUCUUUGUCAUAGUCCCGUCUGUGGUCGUGCAAGUGCUCAGCUUCCGAUGGUUCGCCUACGACUUCGCGGAGAGCGUCGAGAGCGGCACGGCCGCGGCCGCCGUGGUGGCGGCGUCCGGCGCGGAGGAGAGGGACUUCAGCACCAAGGACAGCGGCGAUCAGGGCGCUGGCUGCGGGGCCGCGGUGCUACCGCUGACGGGGCCGCCGAGCACCGCGGGAGGAGCCCGGGGGUGCUGCAGAGUCUUCAUGUGGCUCUUCCAGGCCGUCAUUCAUAUCUUUCAGCUGGCGCAGGUCUGGAGGUACGUCCACGCCUUGUAUUUGGGCGUGCAGAGCCGCUGGCACGGUGACCCGGAGCGCCGCCACUACUACUGGCGCAUGAUGUUCGAGAGUGCUGACAUCAGCAUGCUGCGCCUGCUGGAGUCCUUCCUGAAGAGUGCCCCCCAACUGGUGCUGCAGCUCAGCAUCAUGAUCCAGAGUGGUCAGGUGCUGCCGCUUCAGGGACUUUCAGCUUCUGCUUCACUCAUAUCUCUCUCCUGGAUGAUCUCCUCCUACCAGAAAGUCCUGAGGGACUCCAGAGACGAUAAGCUGCCCAUGACCUACAAGGCCGUCAUCGUUCAGAUUCUGUGGCACCUGUUCACCAUCGGGGCCCGUGCUCUGGCCUUUGCCCUGUUUGCCUCCGUGUUCCAGCUCUACUUUGGCAUCUUCAUCGUGGCCCACUGGUGCAUCAUGACAUUUUGGAUCAUCCAAGGGGAAACAGACUUCUGCAUGUCCAAGUGGGAGGAGAUCAUCUACAACAUGAUGGUGGGCAUCGUGUAUGUUUUCUGCUGGUUCAGCGUGAGGGAGGGACACACUCGCUGCCGGAUGCUCAUCUACAGUCUGACAGUGUUUGCAGAGAACGUGGCACUAACCACUGCCUGGUACCUUUACCGCGGCACUCUUACCUCAGACUUCUAUGCCGUCAUUUUGGUGUGUGUGGUGGCCAGCAGCUAUGCUCUGGGCACCUUCUUCAUGUUUGUGUAUUACUGUCUGCUGCACCCUGAUGGGCCAGUCUCAGGAUGGGGCUACGUCGUGGAGAAGGAGGUGCCUGUGGAGUCGCUGGCCUCCCCGGCCACCAGCCUCCCCCCUGACCUGGUCAGCAGCCCCCCUAGGACCCUGCAGAGAACUAAAGGGUCAGAGCGAGAGCAGGGGCCUGGGGUAGAUGGCGAUGUCUUUCAGGUGCGACCACCUCGCGGAGCUCAGGUGCCAGCGCAACACCUCACACCCAGGACAGAGGGGCCUGUCAUCCGAAUAGACCUUCCCAGGAAGAAGUACCCAGCUUGGGACGCUCACUUCAUCGAUCGUCGGUUGCGUAAAACCAUCCUGGUGCUCGAAAGCGCCGCCCCAGUCACACCAAGAAUCCAGUACCGCUGUCUGAGCACACCCAAAGAAGUGAUGGAGUUUGAGACCACUGUGUGAUCCGCUGAAGGCGCUGGGACUCAGCUUGCUGCCAACAUGGACACCCUGCCUUAAAUAAAACGGCAGGCAGAUGACUCUCUCACAGAGCGGUGCGUUUCAGCUCCGCGUCUCCUUCUUCGCACGCUGUGCUGUCAGGAGGCGGAGACAAACGCGACAGAGUGUGUUGUCCUUAUUUUUUAAACAGGCAAAAAUUGUGCGAUGUUGUCUAACGACGGUGCGUAUUUUAGUUUCUGUAUCAUUUCUCAGGUCAGGAUGUGGUACAGGAAGAGGUCAGCAGCAAAGCUCGCCGCCCUGCUGGUGAACUCGGAGAGGAGACGACGGGCAGGCGCCAAAAAAACUGAGCUGCGUGACGAUCAAUCAGAGGCGAAAAGUCCUCCUCGGGGAAGGUGCUUCAGCUCAGAACAUCCUCUGAAGGCCAUCAGCAACAACAGAGGCGAGCCUUCAACAUGCAUGACUACUUAUGGCAGCUAGACGUGAAACAUCACUGCACAAGAUGUAGGCGGGAGACAUUUUAUAAAAAUGUGUCAUUUCCAACACAAUCUGCAGACGAUACACGGGCACUGAUCAUCACAAUCCUUAUUUUCCCAUAGAUACUCACUCAUGUUGAAGGAAACUCUCCAAAUGCUGCUUCAAAUUGGAGAGCAGAUCAAAAGCAACAUUUUAGUUGAAUGUAAAAAAAAAAGAGAAAGAAGAAAAACAGUUGAAAAUGUGAUUAUUUAUGACAAGACUUAAAGCAUUAUCAUGCUGUUAGUGGUAUUUAUGACAUUCUUGUGGUACUACACACACACAUAUAUAUAUAUAUAUGGUUUUUUUUAUUCUUUGAGGUAACAAAAAAAUGAGAUUUGUGUGUUUACAAGCAAUCUGUUGUUUUUUGGGGACACGCCAUCACUAUUAAAAAACAACAGCUACUUUAUGAUUUCCGUUUAAUUUGCAGGACGUGUUAAAAACAGCAGUGUUUUCCUUCUGCACACAUUCAUUUUCCACGGUAAUACAUCUGUACGCUGACGUGGAAGUUUCGUAGACGGGGAGCGCGGCGUCUGUGGUUGUGCUGUAUCCAUAAAGUUGUGAUUAAAAAAAAAGAAAAUGAAAUGAUAGAAAUAGCUACAGACUCCUAUCAGAAUAGUUUUGAUAUUAUCAAUGGAACAGGCAUGUGAUACUUUUAUUGUGAACACUUUAUUUUAUAGGUUUGCUAUCUCCUUAUAUUUUCCUCAAAACUUUCCUAGGAAGAAAACAUUUGGUUUGGUAUGACUUUUCAGAAAGAAAAAUAGAGGCAAAGUUUGACCACGUUUUAAAAAAAAAUAACUACUUCAUCAUUCACUGAUUCUUUGUAAAAUGUCUUUAGGGCAAACUGGACAUUUUUAAUAACAGUUAGAGCAGACACAUGAACACAACAUCCAAAUAUUUGCAGAUUUUGGGGUUUGUUUUUUUACUUUUUUUGAACACUGACUACAUUUUUUAUUUAUUUAUAUAUUUAUUAACCUUUAUUUAACCGGUAGAUCCCAUUGAGAUUAAAAACCUCUUUUCCAAAGGGAGACCUGGUCAAGAUAGGCAGCAUCACAUAAAAACACAAAUAACAAAGUCACACAAUUAAAACACAUAAUAAAAGAAAAACAAUGACCAGGUUUGAGUAAAUAAACCAGGAAAUUAAACUAAUUGUUAAAUAAACCAAGUCUUUCAGCUCUAAUUGGAUUCAUAAUUUGGUAUAGGUUAUCAAUUUGACAUUGUCUGUACUCAUAUUUAGACCUAAAUGAUUAAGUUCUCUCCGGGAUGCUUUCCAGAAAGUGUUAGGGAAUUUAUGGAGCCAUAAAAUAAAAUGAAAGUUUUACUGUGCUUUAUUUUAUCAGGGUCAUUUUUUAUAUAGAACAGUCAUAAGAGGAAAAGCUCCUGAUCUGUGUGUGUGUGUGUGUGUGAGCUCACACACCGGCAUGUGUCUGUGUGUGUGUGUGUGUAUGUGUGGGGUGGAGGGGGUGGGGUUUCAUUUGAAGUUGUGUCACAGACAACAUGACAGUCUUGUUCUAAACACUGUCGACUCAUCUUUUUUUUUAAGCGACUCGGUCAGCUCACAGUGCACCUGCACCGCACCUGAACCACACCUGAAACGGGAACAAAGCCAGUGUUUAUGGCCAGUUAUGGUGCUAACUGUUAUCCAGUCCAUGGUGUCUCAGCAUCGAAUGAGCUGGUUGUGGCGCCACUCGGUCGGGGGUGGGGGGGCUGUACCUCAAACACAACAAACACAAAGCUAGAAUCAAAAAGCCUUAAACUGGUCACGCCAGACUGUUGCUGUUCAGAGCAAGAAAACGUUCACGAGAAGGUGAAGACAAUUUCAUUAUGUUGUUGUUGCUACAAUAAAGACCAAUGUGUUUACCUGAA